GGCUGCCGGCGGGGGCGCCCAUGCCGCCCCGGCAGCUGAGUAAGGUGGCCUCGCUGCACCAGUUCGGUGGGGGACUCAAGUCCACAUGCGCAGCUGCGUACCAGGGCACUGUGUUUGUGUACGACACCCCCGGCCUGUCGCUCCCCCCCAACUACGACCCCCACGGCCAGCGCCCCAAGGGCAUUUGGAAGGCGCACGAGGGUUCUGCCAUCAGCGCCCUGAGCACCAGCAGUGCGGGCGGGGGGGCGCGGGUGGUGACGGGGGCCAAGGACGGGCAGGUGGUGAUUUGGGACAUGCGGCAGCGCCCCCCCGGCAACAGCUGGUGUGCCCGCGCGCACGGGCAGGCGGUGACGGGGCUGCAGAUCGCCAACGACACCACCCUGGUCACAUCGGGGCUGGAUGGGAAGGUACACAUUUGGGACCUGCGCUCCGCCUCCACCCCCCGCGCCACUGCCGCCCCCGACGGCAGCGCGGUGCUGGGGGCCAAGACAAGUCCGGCGGGGGACUGCGUGGCGGUCUUCACGCAGCGCAACCUGGCCACUGUGGACCUGCUGGCAGGCUCCUCCGCGCCCGUCACCCUGCUGAGCCGCGCGCCCCUGCCGCGCCCGCUGCUGGACGUGUGCUGGAACGCGGCCACGGGAGAGGUGUAUGCGGCUGGACAGGGGGGCACCGUCAGCGUGUACCGACAGACGUAUGCGUGAGGGGGAGGAAAGAAAGGAGAAUACCCAAUGUGUUGAAUAAGAAGGGCAAACCAGACGGAGUAUGCGUGAUGGGAGGGGGCAGGUGGUUUGCAUGUGGGUCGCAAUGAUGAGGUAAAGGCUGGUAAAGAAGUGGAGCGGCCAUGUAUUCCAACGUCCAUUGCUCUACGGAUGACGCAAUGGCGGAAGACACACGUGAAAGGGGGACACAGGAUGGGGCCAUGGAGGCAUGGGGGGAUGGUGGAGAUGAAGAAGAAGGGGGUGAUGUGGGGCCUGAAAGGUGGAAAUCAAGCAGGGAGUUGUCGAGGAACUGGCCGCGAGUGGUAACACACUGAAUUGUCGGAAAUGAUGUCCCCAGGGAGUUGUGUACGUGGGGAGUUGGGGGUGGAGCGGGUCGUUUUGACAUGGCCCUGACGCGUUAGGGAGUGAGGUGGAGAAAGUGUGGGAGGCUGGGUUACAGUGUCC